CUGAUAAGAUUGCGGUUUUUUGUUUAUAUUUUAAGAUUGAUAGGUGUAAGACACGCAUUCUAAUCAAAGUUUCGCCCAAAUUUUGAGAAUAUAGGUCAAUUUUAAAGGAAAAAAGAAUAUUAUUACACAAAGUCAUUUUCCCGUCUGCCGGCAGAUGUUGGGAAGUUUUUAUGUAAAUCUCAUAUUUCUUAACGAUUUAUUUCGUAAUAUUUUAUUGAUUUUUCUUUCAGCUCAUUCAUAAUGUCCACUUCCGAUGCGCCAAAAGAGCAAAACUAUCAACUUCUUCAAGGAAUCGAAGUGCCACCAUUCAGAAAUGUCAAUGAAUUUCUCCUCGAAACCGACAGAUAUGAACGACCACCUUAUCAAGAUUUGAAGAAAUGGAACAAUCGAAUCAUCUCGAAUUUGCUCUACUUCCAAACCAACUACUUCACAACAUUCAUCAUUUUGUUCAUUUUCCAAUCGUUUUUGAGUAGUCAAGAUAUUUUCGUUGGAAUUUUGGCGACGUUGGCCGUCUUGGGAGCCGUUUAUUUUGCUGUUGCAACCGAGCCGCAAGUCAAAAAACUUCGAACUGAUCAUCCAUUGGUCACUUUGGGUGGUAUUAUUUUGGUCGCUUAUGGAUUUAUCUCGGUUUUCCCAUCAGUUUUGGUAGUUGUCUUUGCGUAAGUAUUUUUUAAAACUAUUCUUCUCCAAAAAAAAACAAUUUUAUUCCAGACUCUUGUUCCCAGUCUUCCUCGUCCUGAUUCACGCGUCUCUCCGUCUUCGCGGAAUCGCCAACCGCGCCGCUAAUUUGACAGAAAGAAUCGGAAUUCGCACCACAUUAAUGGGACAAAUUUUGGAUCGAACUGGACUUUCGGUUCGCGUCUAA